AUGUCAGAAGGGGGAGAUGAUGUUGACAAGAGGGUGGAAAAUCAUGUUGGAGAUGCUAUACAACCUUAUGCAAAAUCAAACGACAUGAGUCCUCAAGAUAUUGGAAAUUCAAAAGUGGAUAACAUUUUAUCAAAUGAUUCAACUGGUUCUAUCCAACAAACAAAGACAAUUAAUCAAGAUAGGACACAUGAAGAUUCAAAAGAGUUGCAUGACAAAAUAGAAUCCUUGAACAAAGAACUAAUAGAAGAAAGACAAACACGAGCUGCUGCAGAGGCAGCUUUGGAACAUCUUCGUAUAGAAUACUCAGAGGCAGAUGCCAAGUGCCAAGAGUUUGCUGCUAAACUAGCUGAAGUUGAAAAGAAUCUGGAGCAACAGGUAAAAGAGCGUGAUGAGAAGAAUGCUGAACUUGAUUCCAAGUUGAAUAGGCUUCACAAGCGAGCAAAACAAAGAAUUCAAGAGGUUCAGAAGGAGAAAGAUGACCUUGAGGCCAAAUAUAAAGAAGUCAAUGAAAAGUCAGAGCAAGCUUCAUUACAGCUGUCAGGAUUACAGCAGGAGCUUGAUCGCACACGUCAGCAUGCUAAUGAGGCACUCAAAGCAAUUGAUGUAGAAAGACAACAACUUCGAAGUGCAAACAAUAGACUUCGGGACAAUAUUGAAGAGCUGAGACGUUCUUUGGAGCCCAAAGAGAAUACCAUUGAGACAUUGCAACAGUCACUUGUAGAAAAAGAACAGAUGUUAGAGAACAUGAAAGGGCUAUUACAAGGAGCAGAAGAAAAGAGGCAAGCUUCAAUGGCUGAACUUUCUUCAAAACAUCAAAAGCAAAUAGCAAAUCUGGAAGCUCAACUUGCUGACUCAUCAGCAGAUAGAACGAAAGCAACUGAAACAAUCUCUUCUCUACAGAAACUUGUUGCAGAAAAAGAGUCAAAACUGGCAGAGAUGGAUGCAGCUUCAAGUGGUGAAGCUGCAAGGCUUAAAGCUGCCAUGGAGACUAUUAAAGGGGAAAUUACUCACCUGAAAAACGAACAAGAGAAAGAGAAAGAAAAAUGGGAAGCCACCUCUCAGGCACUCAGCAGGAAACUUGAGAUUGCUGAGGCUAACUGUAUACGUGCUGAAAUUGAAGCUGCCAAAAUGAAAAGUCAGAUGGAUCUAGAACUUUCUGUGCUGAGUCAGCAGUCAAACACCAAAGAGUCCGAGUUAUUAACUGCUAAAGAGGAGAUAAAACGUCUAGAAAGUGAAUUUGCUUCGUAUAAGGCUCGUGCACAUGCACUUCUUCAGAAAAAGGAUGCUGAGCUGGCAUCUGCUAAAGAUAAUGAACAGCUUAAAGUCCUUGAAGAAGCACUAAAGGAGGCUGAAAAUGAAAUAGUGAUAGUAUCUGCUGAAAGGGACAAAACCCUCCAUGAUCUUGAGAAUGCUCUAAGUCAUCAUGACAAAGAACUCAGUGCCAGAGAUGAAACUCUUAGCCUUGUUGAGCAACAAGUGAAGAACAUGGAAAUGAAGCUCUCUUCUGCAAUUUCUAGCCAUCGAUCUGAGAAAGAAACUUGGGAGAAGAAUCUUCAAAAUGUGGAAGAAACUUGGCAAUUGAGAUUCCAGGCGCUAAAGGCUGAAAUUGAACAACAAAAGUCAACACCUGAUGAAACUUUACAAAAAGAAGUACAAGAUGUCCAAACACGAUAUAAAAAAUUAAAGGAAGAACAUGAUUCAUUUCGUGAGCUUGCUGAUAAGAUGAUUGAAGAGAAGGACAUGGAGAUUUCAAGACUUGUAGACAACAAUAAGAAUCUUGUUCGUUCCUUAUCAUCAAAGCCAUCGGCAAACAACAAUGAGAAUGGCCAUAAUACGGGUUUCACUAGACAGGAUUCUUCAAACACCUCUGUUGCAGAACAACAGAUAUUGAUAUUGGCUAGGCAACAAGCUCAAAGGGAGGAAGAGCUAGCCCAAUCUCAGAGACACAUUCUUGCACUUCAAGAGGAACUUGAAGAGCUUGAACGCGAAAAUCGUCUUCACAGCCAACAGGAAGCUAUGUUAAAGGAAGAGCUUCGGAACAUGGAAAGAUCACAAAAGAGGGAAGGAGUGGAUAUGACAUAUCUUAAAAAUGUCAUAGUAAAGCUUCUUGAAACAGGUGAAGUGGGGGCUCUACUACCUGUUAUUGCAAUGCUCCUUCAAUUCAGCCCUGAUGAGUUUCAAAAGUGUCAAAACGCGUAUCGGCCUUCUACUGAUGUUCCACCAAGCCCAGUUGCAAGUGAACCCCCUGGAUCUGGGCUCUCCCUCUUCUCACGCUUCUCCUUUUCAUAACAAGUCAAACAGCAUAUAUGCGCUAUAUUCUUGUAUUCUUUUUGUAACACUGUUACUUUUUUAACAUAUAUUAUUAUACUAUCAGAGAGGAAAAUUAUAUACAACACACAUCUAAAGAUUAACUGGAUAGAGCGUCCUUGAGUUUUUGUAUCAUUCAUAGGAGCCACAAUUU